UCAGGAGAAAACCGAAGAAACCCCGGCGGCCGGCGAUAUGUCGAAACUCGAGUUCUCAAUCGUCUUUUUAUUCAUCUCGGUGAUCAUAUGGGCGAUUCUCUUCUUCGCCUUAUUUUGCGCUUUUAUCGCUUUCCACCGGUGGAUGUCCGGCUGGGUGGCUGGGCCGGCGUACAGGGGAUUGAGCAGAGGCGUCCUGGACUCGCUGCCGGUGGUCAGUUUCGCGGCGGAGCAUGCCCGGAAGUUCUCGGAAUGCCCGAUCUGUCUCACGGAAUAUUCCGCCGGAGAAAAACUCCGGGUGCUGCCGGUGUGCUGCCAUGGCUUCCACGCGCGGUGUGUCGACGUGUGGCUGGUUUCGCGCGCGUCUUGCCCGUCUUGCCGGCGGCUCGUCGUCGCUCCGGCGGAGGGACUAGCACUUCACAAAGAACUUCCAGUAUAGUUUGUUAUUGUACACUCAUUUUGUUUACUUUAUUGUUUAGAUUACUUGAAUUUAAUUUUUUGAUUUCUUUAUUCUUGAUAAUAGUUUAUUAACUUUGACUUCGAUAUAUGCCUACAAAUUUUAUUGUGUUUCAGCCAAUAAAUUAACGGAACAUAU